AUGGCUAUUCAAGACAACCAAGUUAACGCUGCUCUUGAUGACGAAGACGAUAACGAAAUCAAGGAGAAGGAAACCACGGAAGAAAAAAUCAAAAUCCUUCUUGGAAAGCCUGGCCCACCUGGCCCACCAGGACCACCUGGGCCGCCAGGAUUACCAGGACCAGCAGGAAGCAAUGGAUCACAAGGGCUACCAGGACUUCAAGGGGAACGAGGGUUGCAAGGACUCAAAGGAGAUAGAGGAGAGAGCGGACCACCUGGAAUGCCGGGAUCACCAGGAGCACCAGGAAUGAAGGGGGAAGCUGGACCACCAGGUCCAAUUGGGCCGCCGGGAUUGCCGGGGCUGAAAGGAGAAAAAGGAGAUUUAGGAGUGGCCGGACAACCAGGAGAACAAGGAGUUGCAGGACCGCCCGGUGUAAAAGGAGCUAAAGGAGAUGAAGGCGAGAAAGGAGAGAAAGGAGAUAAGGGAGACAAAGGAGAACCUGGAUUGCCCGGGCCACCAGGGCCACCAGGGCCACCAGGGCCAGUAAUUUACAUACCGGGGCCGCCAGGGCCGCCGGGACCACCUGGCCCUCCAGGACCUCCUGCGAACGCAUCUGCUCCAUCACCCCAAAGAAUGCCACAACCACCCCCGCCACAACCACCCCCACCACGACCUCUACCACCACCACCGAAGACUUGUGGCAACAGAAAGAAAGCUGGGGAGAUCGUCAUGGCUGAAAUGUCCAAACGGCUGCUUUUCUACUAA